UUGGAACUAUGAAAUCUAAGAACAGAUGUGCUCAGAAUCCAAGUUGUAGCAUAAUGAUAUUUCAUCCAACCAAAGAAGAGUUUAAUGAUUUUGAUAAAUACAUUGCCUACAUGGAAUCCCAGGGUGCUCACAGAGCUGGCCUAGCCAAGGUCAUUCCUCCCAAGGAAUGGAGAGCCAGAGAGUCCUAUGACAAUAUCAGUGACCUCUUAAUAGCCACUCCUCUGCAGCAGGUGGUCUCUGGGCAGGCAGGUGUGUUCACUCAAUACCAUAAAAGAAAGAAACCCAUGACAGUGGGAGAGUACAAACAUCUAGCAAACAGUAAAAAGUAUCAGGCUCCUCCACACCGGAAUUUUCAAGAGUUGGAGAGAAAGUACUGGAAGAAUCGCCUCUAUGAUUCCCCAAUUUAUGGUGCUGACAUCAGCGGCUCCUUGUUUGAUGAAAACACAAAGCAGUGGAACCUUGGUUGCCUGGGAACCAUUCAGGAUCUUUUGGAGCAGGAGUGCGGAGUUGUCAUUCAGGGUGUCAACACACCCUACCUGUACUUUGGAAUGUGGAAGACCACAUUUGCAUGGCACACAGAGGACAUGGACCUCUACAGCAUCAACUACUUGCACUUUGGGGAGCCCAAAACGUGGUAUGCGGUGCCCCCAGAGCAUGGCAAACGCCUGGAGAGGCUGGCCAGGGAGCUUUUCCCAGGCAGCUCUCGGGUCUGUGGAGCAUUCCUGAGGCACAAGGUGGCUCUCAUCUCACCCACAGUGCUCAGGAACAAUGGGAUACCCUUCAGCUGCAUGACUCAGGAGGCUGGGGAGUUCAUGGUGACGUUUCCCUAUGGCUAUCACGCUGGCUUCAACCAUGGCUUCAACUGUGCAGAGGCCAUCAAUUUUGCCACCCCUCGGUGGAUUGAUUAUGGUAAAGUGGCUUCUCAGUGCAGCUGUGGAGAGGCCAGAGUCAGCUUUUCCAUGGAUGCAUUUGUGCGCAUCCUGCAACCUGAGCGCUAUGAGUUAUGGAAACGGGGACAAGAUCGAGCAGUAGUGGACCACAGGGAACUCACGGCUCCCCAGAAGCAGGAUCUAACUCCCUGGAAGGAUGUCCAUACAGCCAAGAGAGCUUCACUGGGCCUGAGACACUUCAGGCUUCGUCAGGCUCAGCAAUCCCCUCUGCCUGUGGCUUCCCUCAAGGAGACCUGCUGCAGCAGGAAUGUGCGUCGGUGUUGUGCACUUGGGCAACCAUCUGCCAGUGGUGCUGCUGCCCGGUCUAGGGCCACAGCCCACAGCUCCCAGGAGUUCAGCCCAGCCCCACAGCCCUCCCAAAGUCCAUCUGCCCGGGAUAUCCACGUAUUAGCUGGCAGACUUCGCCGUGGCCGACCUCCCCGGGAACGAGUUCAGGAGCCAGGCCACCAAGCUCUAGCCAAGAGGCGCAGGUCAGUAGCCACAGAGCGCGUAACUCUGGAUUCAGACCUUCAGUUCCAAUCUGGGCAUGGAGCUUCGAUGGUCAAACCUGAACCUAAGAGCCCUGGGGUACAUCUUGCUACAGCUUCCAAAUGUAGCUUGACCUCUGACCCCUAAACUCAGGGAUUGUCUUUAUAGCCCACUGCUCUGCAGUCUGGAAGCUUGUGAAGACAUGUCCUAUGUAACUCACUGAAUUGCACUUUGCAGGACAUUGAUAAUGCAUCAUCUCUAAUGAUGCCUCCAGAUGCUGGUGAUUCGACGGUAGUUAUUAAAUCCCUUUGCUAUAUUUGUCCUUCUUUACAGACCUUGGGAUGUUUUUCAACUCUGGUAAGAUUGCAUCUUAGCUGUGGUUUCAUCCAUUUGACAGGCUAUGUCUCAGAACUAGCUUCCACUAAGAUUAAUGGAACCUGAACUUUGCCGGUCUCCCAUCCUCUGGACCAGCUGUGGAGGGUGCUAUACUUCCAAGGCUUGGGUUCUUCUUUGCUUUCCCUCCUUUUCCCCCCUCACCUUUAGCUAUUUCUUGCAAACUAAGGCACUUUUGAUCCAUUAGUUUAAUAGAGACACAGAAAGAUAUGACCUUUGUAAGUUAUUGAUGUAUUUAAAAUGUGUUGCUACCAAGUAUUUGUUCACAAAUAUAUUAAAAAUAGCGAUUAAAAUGUUAA